AUGGAUACAUUGAUUGAGCAAUGUCAAGUUGCGCCACCUCCCGACGGUGCAGUGGAGUUUACACUCCCUUUUACGUAUUUCGAUCAUUUCUGGUUAGCUUUCCACCGUAUGCGGCGGAUUUUAUUCUACAAGCUUCCGAUUGCCAAACUCGAUUUUGUCCAAAACAUUAUUCCUUCUCUUAAAGAUUCACUUUCCCUCAUUCUCAAACACUAUACACCCUUAGCUGGCAAUGUUUCUUGUCCACUAGAUUCUAGUGGAUAUCCUGAGCUACGUUAUGUGAUGGACGAUUCUGUAUCUGUUACUUUUUUAGAGACUGAUAUGGAUUUCAAUUAUCUCGCUGGUGACCACCCCCGUAACGCUAAGGAUUUUUAUCACUUUGUUCCUCAGUUGGGGGAACCUAAGGAUACACUGGGGUUCAAAUCAGCCCCGGUUUUAGCAAUUCAAAAUUUGAUAUUGUCAAGACGAUUGAGUCUAACUCAUGUAACAUUUUUUAUCGUAACAUGUGCUUAUGUAUGGACUUGCUUGAUAAAAUCAGAGGCCGCGAUCGGAGAAGAUAUAGACGAUAAUUUCAAUCCACCACUUCCUCCAUCUUAUUUUGGGAAUUGCAUAGUGGGGUACAUUGCAAGAAUAAGACAUGCUGACUUAGCUGGAAAGGAAGGCUUUACGAUUGCUGUGGAAUUAAUUAGGGAAUCCAUUCAGAAAAGAAUGAACGAUGAGGAGUGGAUCCUGAAUGGUAGCUGGUUUAGACAAUAUACCAAUGUAGACUUGAAUCGGUGCCUUUCAGUUGCUGGAUCACAAAAGCUUGACUUAUAUGCUGCUGAUUUUAGCUGGGGAAGGCCCUCGAAGUUAGAGUUCGUUUCUAUUGACAGUGAUAAUGGAAUAUCGAUGUCUCUUGGUAAAUCAAAGGACUUUGAUGGAGAUUUAGAGGUUGGCUUAUCUUUGUCUAAAACUCGAAUGAAUGCUUUUGCUGCUAUAUUCACCCAUGGGCUCAGCUUUCUAUAGCAAGCCUAGCUAAAAUUAUAAUUUCACCAAACAAUAGAAAGUUCCAUAUAUGU